AUGACGGCUACCUUCAGCUACGAAAAUCUGCUGCCAGUGCUGCCAGUUCCGGACCUUAACUCAACUUUUGAACAAUUGGAAGAAUGCAUAAAGCCCUUAAACGUGGCAGAGGGCUACCAUAGACAUCCGCUGCGCGCAGAAAAAGGAUAUAUAUUAUACCAGGCUAUAUCGCGAUUCUUGAAAUCCGACGUAGCUCAAAAAUUGCAGGGCAAAUUGCAGGAACUGACACAGCACGAGCCGCAGUUUCUAGAUGAUUUGCAGCUAGACAUCUACAACCACGCUUUGACACGCGAAAUCGAAGGCGACGUCUUACCCCGUAACCCAUUCUUGGUGCUCUCGGAGGACGCCGUCGAGGGUAUCUCGCAGCAAGACCGCGCUAGCGUGCUAUGUCUUUCGGCUUUGAAAUUCAUCUCCGCCCUUCGACACGAUCUUUUACCACCGGAUAAGGGCUCGCUGGGUGAACCACUAUCUAUGCUGCCGUAUCUAGAUUUGUUUGGGACAACACGCUGUCCGGUGCUUACCGCAGACGAUAUUCAAAUCCUGGAUGAAUCUCUACCAUUUGAGCAAUCGGAUAAUCUCUCUUUGGACAGCAUCGGUAUUACCAAGCAGAGCUUUCAGGCCUCGAAACACAUUGUGGUAAUCUCCAGAGGUCAACACUACUCCCUUGACGUCUUGGAUGCCAACAACUGCCCUCUUCACGAUGGUGAAACCCUAGCACAAAUCAUGGACUAUAUUUUAACGGACUCUCAAAAAACUGAAAACAUUCGAAAGGCCACAUCUUUAGGAAGUUUUACUUCCUACUCACUGCGACGCUGGAGGCAUGCUCGCAGGAUACUCCAGAAAAAAGGUCCUGAACAACUUAAAACUGUCGAUUCUGCAUUGUUUAUUUUAGUUUUGGACGAAUCGUCCCCUACUUUUGACGAAGCUCACGAAUGCAACCGACUCUUCCACGGCAGCAGCGUCAUUGACAAGAAGACAGGGCGCCAGACGGGCUCCUGUUGUUCGAGAUGGUACGACAAACUCCAGCUUGUUAUUACGCGAGAUGCAAAAGCUGGUGUAAUAUGGGAUUCUUUUACCUGUGACGGUUCGGCAGUACUUCGAUUUGCAUCUGAUAUCUACGCAGAUUCUGUUCUACGCCUGGCUCGAGAAAUUAAUGAGAGCCCCGUUUUUUCGCUGUGGCCUACAAAAACUGUUCAUGCUUCGAAGCCAAGGGUCGACAAAAUUGCAUGGAGUCUUUGCAGUGCUUUGCAAAGUAGCGUCAAUAUAGCUGAGACCAGUUUGACCGACCUGAUUUGCAGGCAUGACGUAGUUCACAAACAUAUUCCCUAUGGUAGAAGGAUGGCGCACAGGCUAGGCAUCAAUGCAGAUUCGAUGAUUCAGGUAGCCUUACAAAUAGCUCAUUACGAGCUGUACGGCAGAAUGACCUUCACUUUCGAGCCAGUUUCUACAAGGUGUUUUCGAAGCUCUAGAUCCGCUUUCGUCCCUGUCCAAAAUCAGCAGCUAUUCGAAUUAUGUCAACUGUUCAGUUCCAAUGUCUUAGAUACGCGCUCAAAAUUGGAGAAAUUCACUUUAGCAUGUUUGAAACACAGAAGUAACGUCAAUUUAUCCAAGCGCGGCAAGGGUUUUGAGAAACAUUUCAAUACAUUGAAGUUUCUGUACCAAAAAUAUAAGCACUUUCAAAUUGAUUUAAAUCCGCUUGAUUUGCAAGUAGCUUCGGCAGUCUUUGAUGACGAUCUCCUGGUGCCAAUCUCAAAUCCUGAGAUAGUUGCCGCUCAUUGCGGAAACUCUGCGACGACAGCAUUUGGAAUCAAUCCUGCUGUACCCCAGGGAUUUGGUAUAGGUUAUAGUUUGGAAUCAGACAGGUGCGAUCUAACAGUAACUUCCCAAUUCAGGCAAGGAAAACGUUUUCUGCUAGUGCUCAAGAGCGUUCUCGAUGAAAUUUCGUAUUGCACUUCGUGUAAUACAAAAGAACUUGAUGCCAAUGGCAUGGAGGGAGAUAUACCUUCUAUCGCUUGUUUAAAUGGUGUCCAUGAAACCAUCAGUCUGGACAACGAACUUUUCUCUUUGAAAGGAUCAUACUUGGAAGCGAGCGGCAAAAAAGACUUAUGGGGAACGCUCGACAAUUUGGCAGCAGCCGAAAGUAAGACGCCUUCUCAACCUGCAUCUGAUGACAGUUUAACGCUGAAAACUACUAGCAGGUCAAGGCACAGGUCUUCAGUAACAAUGGAACCAGCCUCCGCCUUCAUGUCGGAUGAGGAAAGGCAAUGUAUUGGUACUGAGAUAUUUGUCGGUGAUCCCUGUCAUUGGCGCAAGCAGUGA